AUGGCGGGCGGAGCAAGGGCGGAUGCGGAUCCAGAGGCGGAAGCGCUCAAGGCAAAGGGCAACGAGAAGCUGAAGGCUGGUGACGUCAAAGGGGCCUUGGCCAUGUACCAACAAGCCCUGACGCGUCUUCCGGAGAAGGUGGCCACAGACAGCCCAGCAGCGAACCUAGGCUCCUCCCUGGCGCUGAAUGCGGCCCUGGCGGCGCUGCAGCUGGAGGACUGGGAGGCGGCGGAGGGCUUCUGCAGCCGCGCGCUGCGCUGGAAGUCCAGCGCUAAGGCCUUCUACCGCCGGGGCUUGGCGCGGGUGCACUUGGGCUUUAUGGCGGACGCCAAGCGAGACUUCAAUUUCGCGCUGGAGUCCGAACCGCGGGGCUCUGCAGCAGCGAGGCAGGUUCAACUGGAGCUGGACAAGCUCGCCCACAGGGAUGGGGCGGCCGGCCUGGAGGCGCCGCCGGGUGCUGAUCCUCAAGCAGCCAAGCGCUUUGAGAUCGCCAAUGCGGCUAAGCAGCAGCAGGGCGUGCGACAGAUCACUUGGAGUGAAUGGUCCAGUACGCAGCAGCGAGUUGCAGAGGCCACGGUGAAGGCCAAAGCCUGGCGGAAGCGCCUGGCAGAGGCUGCCAAAUGCCCUGUCCCGGAGUCAGGAGGCAGCACCCAGCUGUCGCAGCUGCUGGAGAGGUUCUGGCUAAGAAGCCGGCAGUGA